CAACUCUACAAAUAAACAUGUUGGAACCGGUAUUUGGUACAUCUGUACCUGACAGGUCAAUCUUUUUCUGGAAUACUCAGCGCCAUGCGCAACCUGAUCAUUUUGCUGGUUGUCGGCUUAGCUGCUGCGGAAGACGGCGCGAGCGCGUGGCUGCGGUACGCGCCCGUCCCGCAAGCCAGCAAUUAUCGCUCCCUCCCAUUAUCAAUUGUCGCAUUGAAUACAACGACAUCCAGUCCGGUUCACAUUGCAGGGAAGGAAUUGCAGGAAGGGAUCAAAGGUAUCCUCGGAAAGGAACUCAGCAUCGCUGAUGGGACGAAAAGAGGAUCAUCGUCAAUUGUCGUGGGUACCAUUGAUGCUUACAAAAAGACCUUCGGUGAUUUUGAAGAAGCCGAUGACCUUGAAGAAGAUGGCUUUUUUCUCAGCACCGUGGGACAAAAUGUUCGAAUUAUUGGACAAAACCAACGUGGCGCGCUCUACGGUGCAUUCGAGUACUUGUCACGGCUCGCACAAGGCAAAUUCUCUCCAGUUACAUACGUCUCGAACCCCCAUGCCCCGAUCAGAUGGGUGAACGAAUGGAACAACAUGGAUGGCAGCAUUGAACGAGGCUAUGCUGGCCCAUCCUUUUUCUUCAAAAAUGGCUUUGUUGUGGAGAAUGUCACUCGCGCGGCCGAAUACGCCCGUCUCUUAGCAUCCAUUCGCGUCAAUGGUAUCGUUAUCAACAACGUUAAUGCGAACGCCACCUUACUGAGUGCCCGUAACAUUGAAGGACUCGGAAGGUUGGCCGAUGCUAUGAGACCUUAUGGCGUCCAACUGGGAAUCUCGCUCAACUUCGCUUCCCCCCAAACCUUCGGUGGUCUGAACACGUUCGAUCCCCUCGACCCUUCUGUGGACGCCUGGUGGACCAACAUUACCAAUCAGAUCUAUAAGCGAGUUCCCGAUAUGGCUGGCUACUUGGUAAAGGCGAACAGCGAAGGUCAGCCAGGGCCGCUGACGUAUAAUCGAACUCUUGCGGAUGGGGCGAACAUGUUUGCGAGAGCCACGAAGCCACAUGGAGGCGUAGUCAUGUUCCGUGCUUUCGUUUACGACAAUCACAUUAAUGAAUCCAACUGGAAAAACGAUCGCGCAAAUGCGGCUGUUGAGUUCUUCAAAAAUUUGGAUGGGAGGUUUGAUGACAACGUGGUGGUACAGAUCAAAUUUGGACCAAUUGAUUUCCAAGUGCGAGAACCUCCUUCCCCUCUCUUCUCAACCUUGCACAACACUAGUACUGCUAUUGAGCUUCAGGUUACACCUGAAUACCUUGGUCAAAAUUGCCAUUUAGUGUAUCUUUCGCCUCAGUGGAAGGAGAUCCUUGAGUUUGAUUUACGCGCUGAUGACAAGCCAUCGAAAGUCAAAGACAUCAUUUCCGGGGAGCGAUUCAAGCGACCUCUCGGCGGAUCGGCGGGGGUUGUUAAUGUUGGCACGAAUGCGACUUGGCUAGGAAGCCACCUCGCAAUGUCAAACUUGUAUUCUUACGGUAGGCUGGCCUGGGAUCCGUCGCUGGAAUCCGAGCAAAUGCUUCAAGAUUGGAUACGUUUGACUUUCGGAUUUGACCGCAAAGUUAUCGAUACGAUCACCGAGAUGUCCAUGAAAUCGAGGGCGGCCUAUGAGAAUUACAGUGGCAACCUUGGCAUUCAAACCUUAACCGAUAUUCUUUACACCCAUUUUGGGCCAAACCCAGCGUCUCAGGAUGGUAAUGGGUGGGGCCAGUGGACGCGUGCCGAUGGAUUCAGCAUUGGCAUGGACCGUACGGUCAAGAACGGAACUGGAAAUGCAGGGCAAUAUCCACCUGCGGUUGCACGGGUGUUUGAAAACAUUGAGACCACUCCCGACAAUCUGUUACUCUGGUUCCACCACGUUAAUUAUACGCACCUGCUUAAGUCAGGCAAGACCGUCAUCCAACAUUUCUACGAUGCCCACUACGAAGGUGCUGCUACUGCGCAAACAUUCGUUCCGAUGUGGGAAUCUCUAAAAGGAAAGAUCGAUAACCAGCGGUACAGUGAAGUCCUCUUCCGACAGGUCUUUCAAGCUGGACAUUCUAUCGUUUGGAGAGAUGCUAUCAGCCGCUUCUACAAUAAUUUGUCAGGAAUCCCGGAUCAAGCAAAGCGUGUGAAUAACUACCCUUAUAGGGUCGAAGCCGAGAAGAUGAAACUUGACGGUUACAAAACCUAUGCAGUCAACCCGUUUCAUACUGCAUCAGGCUCUAUGGCUAUCGUUACUACGUCGAACAGUUCGGUUGGUACUGCUUCAGCUAACAUUACGUAUCCAUCCGGAACGUAUGAUAUCGCUGUGAACUACUACGAUCUCAUCGGCGGAAGAUCAAAAUAUGAUAUUUCGAUCAACAAUCGCACCAUCGGAACAUGGACUGGGGAUCUUGAGGACAAGCUCGGCCAUGCACCUUCUAUCUAUUUGGAUGGCCACUCUGCGACGAGAAUUACGUUUAAGGGUGUCAAGGUUAACAAAGGUGAUAUGUUGAGGAUCGUUGGGACGGCGAAUGGAAUAGAACCGGCGCCCAUCGAUUACGUGUCAUUCCUACCCCCCGGGAUAAUAGACUGA